UAAUAUUUGUCGUCACAGGGCUCUAACAACAACACGUUGCGGUUUGUAUUGAAAAUCAAGUAUUUUUGCAAAACUUCGACAAAAAAUAAUAAAAAAAUGAGUGUUGAAAAUAUAUACACUUCUAUAGGAUGUAAUCGUACCACAGAAAGUGCUGAUUGGGGCAACAAUGGUUUAAUAGUAUUUGGAGCCUGUAAUGCUGUAGCCAUUUAUGAUCCACAGUUUAAACAAUAUUCCGCAAAAAUAACACACACCUAUGUAAGACACACCAAAAGAGUCAACACCGUCAGGUGGUUAAAGUCCCAGCAACAGGAUAAAGAAAUGUAUUGUCUGUCUGGCUCGGAUGACAAAUUGGCCAUAUUAUGGAAUGUAGAAAAUCUUGAUGAAAUCAAGAGUUAUGAGCUUAAGGGUCAUGAAAGUGGUGUUAAUGCUGUGGAUGGUUUACAACGUUCGAAUGGUGAAUGGUUAUUGGCCACUGCAGCUGCUGAUUCUACCAUAAAAUUAUGGUAUUUUGGAUCAAAUGAUGUGGAGCCCAUUUGUAAACAAACUUUACAUUUAAACACUGGCUUCUGUUUCACCUUAAGACUUACCCUAUUACCCAAGUCCGAACAAAUUUUACUAGCAUUUACUGCUGAUGAUGAAAGUGUGGCACUGUGGGCUGAAGAUAUUGCCCAGCUAGUAAGUGAUGAAUUUAAUUUUCAACCUGUACAUAAGCUAUUGGGUCAUGAAGAUUGGGUACGUGGUUUAGAUUUUGUUCGUGAAGGUGAUGAUUUGUUAUUGGCCAGCUCUUCGCAAGAUAAUUUUAUACGUUUGUGGCGUAUUGCACCCAGAACUGCCGAACAGGUGCUUAAUAAUAAAGUUGAUAUAUUCAAUUUAUUAGAUGAAGCCACUGGUGAAAUAAGAGUGGAAGAGAAAAUUCUUCAGCUAUCGGGUGAUUCAUGGUAUGCCAUUAGUUUGGAGUCUGUUUUAUAUGGUCACGAUAAUUGGGUGUAUGGUGUUAAUUGGUAUAAAUCGAAUGAGCAAACUUUAAGUAUACUUUCUGCAUCGAUUGAUAAAACCCUCAUCAUAUGGCAGCCUUCUGAAGAAAGUGGCAUUUGGAUGGAAAAAGUACGCUUGGGUGAAGUUGGUGGCAAUUCAUUGGGUUUCUUUGGUGGCAAAUUCUCAAGCGAUGGUAAAUCUGUGCUGGGUCACAGUUAUCAGGGAGGUUUCCACAUCUGGAAACAGUCCGAGGAUAACGAGGCCCUCUGGUUGCCACAAGUUAAUGUGGGUGGCCAUUUUGGUGAGGUUCGUGAUUUGGCAUGGGAGCCACAAGGUGAAUAUGUUAUGAGUGUUUCGGCCGAUCAGACAACACGUAUUCAUUCACCUUGGCGUCAUGAUGCUGAAACUUGGCAUGAAUUGGCUCGUCCUCAAGUGCAUGGUUAUGAUAUGCAAGCUUUAGCUUUAUUAUCACGCUAUAAAUUUGCCAGCGGUGCUGAGGAGAAAAUUGUAAGAACUUUCCAGGCUUCGGCUAAUUUCAUCGAGAAUUUUAGACGUAUUACUAAAGUGGAGGAGGAUAAAGAAGGUGAUCAACUAUUGGAAUCAUUGCCCAAAGGAGCUUCAGUGCCUUCACUAGGCUUAUCGAAUAAAGCCGUUUAUACGUUAGAAAAUCCAGCCAACGAAGAACGUCAUGUUAAAGAUGAAUAUCCAGAAAAUUAUUUCAUACCCAUCACCCUAAAUGCACCACCACAAGAAGAAACUCUUAUGCAAAAUACUCUAUGGCCAGAAGUACAAAAACUUUAUGGUCAUGGCUAUGAAAUUUAUGCCUUAGCCUCCUCACCGGAUGCCACAUUGUUAGCAUCAUCUUGCAAGUCCAGCAAUGCAGAACAUGCACAAAUAAUACUUUGGAAUACUGCCACAUGGAAACAGAUACAAAAAUUAUCCGGUCAUCAAUUGACCGUAACACAAAUGAGUUUUUCACCUAAUGGUGAAUAUUUACUUUCCGUUUCACGUGAUCGCAGAUGGUCUCUCUUUAAACGUCAGCCAUUAGAGAAGGAUAAAGUGGCUUCAUUUGCUUUGACAGCCUGUACAGAUAAAACGAAUGGUGUACAUACACGCAUUAUAUGGUCAUGUGAUUGGUCACAUGAUAGUAAAUAUUUUGUCACCUCUUCCAGAGAGGGAAAAGUUGUAAUAUGGUGUAAAACACAAGACGCAGAAACAAAAGAAACCUCUCUAAAUGGUUGGAAAUCUUUAGAUGUUUUAGAACUUAAAAAUGAAUCCAUUACUGCAGUAACAUUUGCUCAUUCACUUCAUGAGAAUGGUGCAUAUGUUUUAGCUUUGGGUUGUGAAAGUGGUUUAAUACAUGUCUAUCAGUUUAAGGAUAAAUUUACUUUAUUAUUAACACUUAAUAAAUCACAAUCUCAUCAUUUGACCGUAAAACGUUUACAAUUUAGACCCUGUUGUGGUGAUAAUAAACAAUUCCAAUUGGCCAGCUGUGGUGAAGAUUAUUUGGUUAGAGUUUAUCAAUUAAAUUUAUAAGUUACUAGCUAUACCCAGUGUGCUUCGCUACCCUCAUCGUAAUGGAAUAAAAUAAAUAUCAUUAUUGUAA